AUGAUGACUUCAAUAAAAACAUCUCUUCCCUUCAAAAAGGUCAUCAUUGUGGGCGCCGGGUUCUCAGGCGUAGCAAUGGCUUACCAGCUGCGACAUACCUUGAAGUGUGAUGACUUUGUGAUAUAUGACCGAGGUGCUGGAUUCGGCGGGACCUGGCUGGCAAACACGUACCCAGGAUGCGGAGUUGACAUUCCAGCCGUGUUCUAUAGUCUAUCGUACGCGCCGAACCCAGACUUCUCGAAUCUCUUCCCUAAGCAGGAUGAGGUCCUCCAAUACAUAGACAGAGUGGCAUCCCGAUUUAACUUGACCCGUCAUCUGGUGGGCAAUACCGAGUGGGUGGGAGCGUCCUGGCAAGAUGACACCAAGACGUGGCUGGUCAAGCUGAGGGACUUGUCCACCGGCCAGGAAUAUAUCCAUGGCUGCAACAUAGUGAUUUCAGCGGUUGGGGCGUUGACGAACCCCAACCUGCUUACUGUGCCGGGCACCAACUGCUUCCAGGGGGAUAUAAUUCACACCAGCAGGUGGGAUCAUGAUGUUUCUCUUCGAGAUAAACGUGUAGUAGUCAUUGGGAAUGGAGCAUCGGCAACACAAUUAAUACCGGCAGUGGCCGCGGAAGUUCGCUCGAUCACCCAGUUUAUCCGGUCAACACAAUACUUCCUCCCCGGAAGAGCCAAUAACACCAUAAGUCCAUUAUGGCAAAACGCGUUUCGCUAUGUACCUGGGUUGCUGCGCCUGGUCAGACUACUCACCUUUUCAUAUCUCGAGACCGCCACUCCGCAGUUUAGCCUUACGGAGACUGGUGAAAAAAUGAGAAAACAGACUUCAGAAGUCAGCAGAUGCUACAUCAUGGAUAAUGCACCGGCACAAUACUGGCCGCUCUUAAUGCCCAAGUUCGAAGUCGGAUGCCGGCGACGAGUGUUUGACAACGACAACUACGUCCGAUGCCUAAAACGAGACAACGUCCAUCUAACCAACGACCCAGUGGUGGCUCUGCACGAACGCUCGGUUCUAGCCAACGGCUUUGCCCUAACCCAGUAUGACACCGACGUCCACGGUCGCGGCGGGCGCAGCCGCAGUAAACACUGGAAGGACAUGGGUGGCAUCGAGGCGUUCAAUACCAUCGGCAUGUCCGAAUUUCCCAAUUUCUUCUACGUCCUGGGCCCGAAUUCCGGGCGGGGACACACCUCCGUCGUGUAUUCCAUUGAGAGCUAUACGGGCCUCAUAGCCCGAGUCAUCAAACCCAUCUUAGAGGGGUCAGCCCUCUGCGCAGAACCCAAACUCUCUAGCGAGAAAGCCUACAAUAAGCGUUUGCAUGAUGCAUUAUGCAAGACAGUCUUCACUAAUUCAUGUGGUAGCUGGUUUAUCGACCCUCAAACGGGCAAAAACUGGGCCGUCUACCCCUGGAGCUCAUUCCACAUGUGGUGGACUACACAGGUGGCAGGGCUAGAGGAUUGGGUGUACGAGUUACCAAAGAUGAACCCACGAGGCAGAAAUCGAUCGUUUCUAGCGUGUCUUGCCAUGUCGACUCUGGUAGCAGCUUUGUCGCUGUGGUGGGUGUACUCCAGCCUAUAUCCUGGUACCGAACGACUCUGGAUCGCAGUCGAGUUCCCCGCCCAUCCGUUGUUCUGCCGCGUUUAA